AUGUCCAAUAUAAAAUUCCUCACGAUAGCUUGCAUAGUCUUCUCCGUAGUUUACUCUCGAUUUGAUGGAAGAUUAUUCUUGCAAGACAAAACCAUCGAUAGGAUUCAAGCCACGCAAGUUUUUAAACCCAUGAACCCAAACUUUCAAUAUCGCUCAGAGAGUCUCCUCAACGCUGAAGUGGAAGUGAUCCAAACUGAAAGAAUUGAAUUUAUGAAAAGAAAAUUGAAGAAUUUCUCGAGUUUUCAAAUGGCAGUACAUUAUAUGCAGAAAGGACCUUUUGAAAUGUUUUUUCAUCAAUUUGUUACUGCAUUGGGUAAAAUCCAAAAGGCACUUAAGAGUGGAGAGCCAAAUCAACAAUUAGAAUAUCAGACUAUCUCUGAACUUCUUAGAUAUUUGCAAAGAGAUGAUCUCAAAGACAACCUCCGGUUUGUCUGCUUAAGUGUACUACGGAUUUUUUUAGAGUAUUUACCCAUGUCAUUUCUCAAGUCGAUGAGGACUGACAUAAAUCAAGGUCCUCUGUGCCGAGCUGCACUCGAGCUCUCAUUGACAAAAGGGUUUAAGGGGAUGAAACCGAUUUUCAAAGCCGCCAAGACUCACGUCUUCAGAGAAGAUUAUCCAGAUCAACUAGAAGCAAAUGAAUUCCAGUCAAGUAAUUCCAUCAUCAAGCUCCAUGAUGAACUGAUCCAAGAAAGCUUUUCACUUGAAAGAAAUGCAAUUGACAUGACUAAGGUCUGCAUUGAGUUCAUGAAGGAACCACUAGAAACUCAAAACCACAAAGAAUGGCAAAAUCACUACAUGAUACUUACACAUCUUGUUAAGUUUAGUACAGCAAGUAGAAGAUACCUUAAAGAAAAGAGUACUGGAAACCCUUUACUUCAGGAACUUUUUCAGAGAAUUUUAAGAUGGAAAGAUAUCAGACCAGUCAUAGAUUCUUUUUUGUUAAUGAAUGAUGCUGAUCCUUACAUAGCUAGUUUACUCCUUCCUUUUGGGAAGUACAAGCCUGUUACUCUGGAUCACUAUGAGUACAUCAUCAAAGUGUUGGAGUUCCAAGUACAAGCCAAGGAAGAAGCACAAUUAAAAUCACAAGUACAGAAAGAAACACAUCCUCAUGAUGAAUUAAAGGAGGAUCCACUGAGGCAUUACUUACCAGAAACUAAAGAGAUAGAGAAGUUUGAAGAUCAUAAGAGCUUUGUUAUCAACAUUUUCUAUGAUGCAAGUGCUGAAAUUCCAGGCGCUAAGGCCUUGCUAGAUAGAAAAUUGGAGUUGAAAGGUAACAGUGGAUUUGAUCCAUAG